CGCUAGCCCGCCGCUUUGCCAGCUCGUCUCUCUGGCGGCUAAAAGACCGGCUCGCACUCACCGGGCAGUCCAGAGAACCGCUGCUUCACCCCGCGCACGCCUGCGGACUCGCGGCGUAGCCGGAAAGGAGCGUUUACAGCCUCUGAGGCUCCCACAGCCCAAAUUCACGCCAUCGACGCGACAAGAAAGGACUCGCGCCGUCGCGGUGUGCAGCAUCUCAGCUCGAGCCCAGAGACAGCCCAAAUUCACGCCAUCGACGCGACAGCUACGGAGCGAUGGAGGAGGUCCGCGGCCUCGUGAAAACCCUCACGAAAGCCGACCAACCAGAACAGAUCGCCGACGUCCUGCGAGCAUUGGCCAAAGCACCGGUCACUGUCCCAAUUUUGCACGAGCUCAAGUGCGGCGCCGUCGUUUCUAAGUUGAGGAAGCACGAGAAUGAGAGCGUUGCUACCGAGGCCAAGUUACUCAUAAAGCAGUGGAAGGGUUUGGCCGCCGCUGCGGGCGUGCCUCAGACGAAGGCACCGGCACCACCCCCAAAAACACAUUCGUUCGCCGUCGAGGAUUUAGGAGACGCAACAAGGCAAGCGGCCCGAAAGAAGCUCCAGGCGACGCUAGGUGAAGAUGCGUCCGAUGCCGACUCGUACCCCGCCGCGGAGGCCGUAGAACUAGCUUUGCAUAGGAAGUGGCCCAACCUCGCAGUUCCCGAUCAAAAGAGAGACUACGUCGCGAAAUUACGACAAUUGUCGUUCAACCUGAAGAAAAACUCGGAAUUGCGAAGCGACGUCAAUUCUCGCAAGUUAACGCCCGAAAAACUACUCGAAUUGGAUGCUGAUCAAUUAGCCACGAAAGACAAGCAAGAAGAACGAAGAAAAAUGGCCGAAUAUCAGCACGACGCUAGAUCGCUAGACUGGGAACGAAAGAAUAGGGAUCGCAUGGACAAGUCGAUCGGGAUUGAUAAUAGCAAAACGAUGUACCCCUGCGGUAAGUGCAAGUCGACGAAGGUGUCGAACUACGAGAAGCAGACGCGGUCCGGCGACGAGCCCAUGACGCAGUUCUUCGAGUGCGCGGACUGCGGACAUCGUUGGCGCUUCUAGUAGUAGUCGGGUAUACAUACUAGGCUUCUCCUUCUUCGGGG